GGUUGUAGCUGGUCUCCAUGGAGACAGGGACUCCAGGAAGUGCAGCCACAUGGAUCCUCUGUGUGUACAGGAGGCCGAGCCUGUCCUGGAGGACAGCGGGGAGAAGGAGUGGAGGAGUGACAGAUUGUCCCAGAUCCCAUUCCGGAUCCUGAGAGGACACCGAGGUUCGGUGAGCUCCUGUCACUUCUGCUGCCGGGAUACAAAACUUCUAACCUGCUCACAUGACCAGACCGCCAAACUCUGGGAUCUCUCUACCAGCACUCCUAUCUGUGACUAUGGAGGAGAACACACGGCUCCGAUCUCACAGUGCAGCCCAACACCAGAUAACAGAAGAAUGGUCACAUCAUCCUAUGACAAAACGGUGAAGUUCUGGGACCUGGAGACGGGGAGGGUUCUGUGGUCGGUGAGUUUGGAUGGUCUGGUGACCUCCUGUAAUGUUUCCGGUGAUGGAAAGCUUGUGGUGUGCAGUGUGGAUGUGGACAAUGCGGUGUGCGUCAUCGACUCAACCACGGCCUCCAAAGUUCUAAAUAUUAAAGACCAGCACACAUCCACUAUAACCCGAUGCUGCUUUGACCCCAAGAGUCAGAGGAUUUGUUCAGUGUCAUCAGACCGAGCAAUCAAAUUGUGGGAUAUGACCGCUCAGCGCACCACCAUCAACAUCAGCGGAGCGCACAACAAUGUUAUAUCAGACUGCAGCUUCAGUAACAAUGGGCUUCUACUCUGCACGGCCUCCUGGGAUAAGAGUAUAAAGCUUUGGGACAUUAACGCCGGAGAGUACCGCCAUGGUGGUCCGGAUAGUCUGCUCCACGCACACAGCGGGUCUGUCAGCUCCUGCGCAUUUUCAGAAGACGGCUCCACCCUUGUAUCUGGAGGAUAUGACAGAACAAUCGUUGUGUGGGAUGUGAGUUCAGCAUGCAAGAAACUUGUCCUCAAGGGCCACACAGACUGGGUGAUGGACGUGGCGCUGAGCUCUGAUAAGAAAUGGAUUCUAUCUGCUUCAAAGGAUUCUACACUAAGACUGUGGGAUAUAGAGAACUGCGAGGAGAUCCCUGCCGUGAUUGAGAACAAGAAAGCGAUUGGUCCCCGACUUGCCCAGUGUGAAGCGUGCCAGAAGCCUUUUCCCAUCAUGCACUGCGACAAUACCAACGUCACCCACAGGAAUGCUGAAAUUUUGAAGAGGAAGGGUGAGAAAUGAUUUCUGUAAAUUGCAUCUUACAACCAUGUCGCUACUCUGCACAGAAUUAUAGUGCAGCAGGUGAAGAGCGCCACCUGGUGGUCAAACAGAGGUAACGCAGUCUUUCUGUGGUUGUGGUGGACCAGAGCCAGAUGGAUAACUGCUAAA